CUUAAGUAAGCUAACACUUCAUUUUUUUUUAGAAGUCUUGAACUUAACGGAGCUAUAAAAUGCAAAUCGGCGACUAUAGUUGUAAAUGUACCGAUUUACUGUUCUAGCCCCUUCAAAACGCAAUGAAAUGAUCAGAAGUAUUAGUAGAAUAUUUAUAUUAUUCAAACCAAAUAAAAUUAACUUUUUAAUAUUCUAUAAAAUAUUGUAGUCGCAGAUUUAAAUUCUUACAUGUUAGCAAUCAUGCUUCUUCUUUCAAUUCAUACUUAAAUGUUUGAGUGUUGAAAAAUGACCCAAAGUUAGUGUGAAACAGCGCGUAUUUAACCAAAAAGUGGUAGUUUAGUUUUCCGUGUAAUUUCUUGUAAAAAAUAAAAAUUAAAGUUAAUUAAACGUUGCCCCGUUGAAAGCAGAUAAUUAAGCAUGUCAAUAAUUAACAACGAUGACAAUAUAAUGGCGAUUGAUGAAGAUCCGCAGGUUAUUAUCAACGAAGAUGAACCCUCAACUACUCAAAACAUCGCGAAUGGUCGGUCUAUGGACUCGCUGCGCUCUUCGUUUACCAAUCACAGCUCAACGCCGGAUUCCUCCCACAAUUCACUUGACACGCUGGACGUGGGACCCGAUGACGUACAGGAGAAAUCUCGGUUAAUUACCCAAGUCUUGGAGUUGCAAAACACACUGGAUGAUUUGUCGCAGCGGGUGGACUCUGUAAAGGAGGAGAAUCUUAAAUUGCGUUCUGAGAAUCAAGUGCUUGGCCAAUAUAUUGAGAAUCUAAUGUCCGCCUCCUCGGUCUUCCAAUCGACCAGCCCGAGUGCAUCGAAAAAGAAGUAGAAGAUGGACGUGACCCACUCUCAAUAUAUGCCUUGUCAUUUUUACAUUAAUGCUUGUGUUAAUGCUGCAAAUUAAUUGGUGUUUGCUAGUCUGUCGAAUUUGUGCACAAUAUUUUUUAUUAUUAGUUAGAACAUA